AUGGACAUCCCACUCAGCAGCGAUGCGCUCGAUCUGAGCUUCCACCCAGACGACGAAGCCAAUCUGAUUGCCGUCGGCCUCAUCUCGGGCAAGAUCCAGCUGGUCGACUACUCGCCGUACCUGGCGGAGCCGUCUUCGUCGCGCACGCCUGCAUCGCCAGCCUCAAAGAAGGCACGUUCCACAGAGGAUGACGAUGCCCGAGUGUCGCGCAAGCUCUAUCGAAAAGUAUGGGUGUCACGACCGUCGAAGAAGUCGUGCCGCGGCUUGGCGUUUGCCGCGGACGGUGCGAGCAUCUACAGCGUAUCCAAAGACAAGGGGCUGUACGCCACGGACACGGAGACGGGGAAAGUGGUGCAGAGCUGGCAGGAUGCACACGAUGCGGCGCCGAGUCGAGUGCUGCCUAUCGACGACACCAUGGUGGUUACCGGCGAUGACGAUGGUGUGGUUCGGCUGUGGGAUCCGCGUAAACCCGGAGGUGCGGGUGCGAAACCGGUUCGAUCGUGGGAUCAUCACUUUGACUGGAUCACGGAUCUUGUCUACCUGCCGGAUCUGCCCGUCCCCAAACCCAGGACGGCAGCUGAAGCCAAGAAGAGCAAGAGUCAGCUCAAGAAGCAGCGCAAGCGCGCACGCCAAGCCGCCCUCGAACGAUCUCUCCACCCCGACUCUGACUCGGACUCUGAUUCUGGAGGUGAGGUCGAGGUGGAAUCGCGGUCGCGACUCAUCGUGACCUCGGGCGACGGCUCGCUCUCCUCGAUCGACCUACGUUCGAGUGGACCGACGUCUUUCGAGCAGAGCGAAGACCAAGAAGACGAGCUGCUCUCCAUCACCCCCAUUCGGCGCAGUCAGAAGCUCGUCGUCGGAACCCAACUCGGCAUUCUCUCGCUCUGGUCUCCCGCCCACGGUCUGCUCGACCACGUAGACCGCGUGCCCGGUCAUCCCGCUUCGGUGGAUACACUGGUGACGCUCGAUGACGAGACCGUCCUCACCGGUAGCUCCGAUGGCCUUGUGCGCGUCGUCCAAAUCCUACCCUCGAAGCUACUCGGCGUUAUUGCAAGCCACGAUGGACUGCCGGUGGAGAGGAUGAAGCGCAAGGCCAAUACACUCGCAAGUAUCGGUCACUCGAAUGCAGUCAAGCUCACCGACCUCACACCGCUGCUCGAUGAAGAGGGCGACGAAGAUGCGCCCUUGGGCAUCACCGACCUGCCUUCGGACUCGGAAGAUGACGAUGUGGAUGCAGACGACGAUGCAGAUGCUCCAGUCGAACCAUCCAACCCCGACUCGGACGAUCCAAACAACGACGACGACGACGAUGGAAACGACGACGGAAACGACGACGAUGAUGACGAGCCAUCGCCACCUACAAAAGAGACCUUCUUCGCCGACCUCUAG